ACAUACUUCAGAAGGGAGGAACUGUGAAAUAGAACAGCAGACAUCAGCACUACUGCAGCUGGCGAACUGGUUUAGAAUGCUUUGGAAAAUACUGACACAAAUCUGACAAGCCGGGUUGAAUACCAGUACUGUACUGGGAGCUGGAGGGGGUCUAACUGGUUUAUUCCAUUUUCCAGAUGCUAUGCAAGCUGCACACAAACCUGUAGCACUUUGGAGUUAGCAUCCAGAACUAUUAAACACUCAACAGUGCUGAAUUUAGAAAUAUUAUAAGAAUCUAAAACUGAAUGGCACACGCUUGGACUAGAAGCCCUUUUCUGUCUUCAAGUUGGACCUCGGAAGGGAUUUCAUGGGACUUCACUUGCAGUCCUUGGUUUUGAUCACAUAAAAGGAGAUUUUUUAUAGCCAUCCUGUGAGUUUACAGAGGGAGCCUGAAGGUAGGGAGGUGUGCUCACAGCGCCCCCUCAGGAUGGAGGUGUUCAAUGAAGCUGUGGAGUACCUGCAGGGCUACGGCAUACCUGUGGUUGAGGAUGAUCAGUUGGACCUGGAGGAUGUGUUUGAUGGGGAGUGUGACAACGGUUUCCUGUCUGCUGUCGACUCUCCCUUCAGCCCCGUGCGGACAGAGAGCGCAGACUUCGGUGACGGUCUGAGCGAGGGUGACCCUGAGAAGAUGCUGGAGAGGAGAGCGCUGGUUCUGAAGAGCAUUCUGAGCAGCGAGCAGCAAUACCUCAGUGAGCUGGAGGCGAUGCUCAUGCCAAUGAAAGCUCUGAAGGCCACGGCGUGCACCUCGCAGCCCGUGUUGACCAAUCAGCAGAUCCGGACAGUGUUCUUCCAGGCCCCCGAGCUGCUGGCGCUGCACAGGGAGUUCCACGAGGGGCUGCACGAGAGGCUGCAGCAGGGCGACCCAAACCAGGGGGUGGGAGACCUCUUCCAGAAAGUGGUGAAUCAGCUGGGAGUGUAUCGCGGCUUCAUUGAUAACUACGAGAGCGCAAUAGCGACGGUCCGCAAAUGCACCCAGACCGACGACAGGUUCAAAACACUGGCAGAGAACAUGAUGUCUUCCAAAGAUGGCAGUAACUGCAGGACGAAAUACACCUUGGAGGCUCUUUUGUACAAACCUUUGGACAGAGUCACCAAAACCACGUUGGUUUUACAUGACCUUUUAAAACACACUCCCGAAGACCACCCCGAUCGACCUCUGCUACAGGAAGCACUUCGCAUCUCCAGCAGCUUCCUGUCCGGGGUCAACGAGGAAGUUCCACACAAGAAAAGCGCUGUCACCAUCUCCAAGGGAACGAUUCGACAGCUGGUGAAGGACGGGUUCCUCGUCGAUUUAUCCGAUGGCACUCGCAAUCUGCGCCACGUCUUUCUCUUCACUGACCUGAUUCUCUGUGCCAAGCUCAAGGCAGGCCGGCAGCCCCAGUACAGGUUCGUCUGGUGUCUCCCACUGCCAGGCCUCUCUCUCAUCCCCGGUCCGGCGUGCCAGCUCCCCCCCGACACGCAGUGCAGGAUGGACCAAAUGAAGCAGAAGGCCUUCCGCCUGCGCCAGGAAAUACAGCUUCAAAGGAAGGGCAGCCGGGUCCUGUCCUCUCGCACUAUAGACAGAGCCCGGAAAAAACUGCUGGAUUGUGAGCUGUGGAUCCUGAGCCACUCCCCCUCUCUCCCCCUGGAGCUGCACAGCCGCUGUGGGAAGAGCCACACUGUGUUGCUGUCCUCACUGUACGAGCUGUCAGAGUGGAGAGACAAUGUGGAGCGGCUGAGAGGAGAGAGUUGCGAACGUGUUUCACCGGACUUGCUCAAUCUCACAAACUCGUGUUUCAAACUUCGGACCACACACCACCCCCCUCUAUACAGCACACUGGAGGACAGCAGCGAUCUGGGGCUGUGUGGGACUCUGUGUGUGGUAAUCCACAGAGCAACACAGCUGCAGCAGCCUGAAAUAGAUCUCUCUAUCUUCCUGGAAGUGGACAGCUUUGGGUAUUUUGAAAAUAAAGCUCAGACCAGAGUCUUAGUGGGAGACUUGACACCCAGCUGGGAGGAGGAGUUCUCUCUGCAGGUGGACGGAGCUCAUGACCUGCGUCUCCUGUGUGUCCAGCAGCCGGGCAGAGAGGACAGCUGGACAGAAGACAGGGUCCUGGGGAAGACCACAGUCCAGUUGGAUGCUAAGACCCUGCUGAACAAAUGGAAACGCAGCGUCGUUUCACUGCACCAGAUUGAGCUGUCCCUCUCCCUGAAGUACACAGAGCACAGCUUGCAGCCCCCUGGGAUCCCCUCAACCCAAUCAAGCGAGGUCUUCAACAUCCACAUUGAGACUGUAGCAGAGAGGGAAGGCGUGCUGGUGCCCCACAUCGUGCGCUUCUGUGCGGAGGAGGUGGAGAGGAGGGGGCUGGAGGAGGUGGGGAUCUAUCGGAUAUCAGGGGUGGCAACGGAGGUGCAGGCCCUGAGGACAGCCUUCAAUACCAAUCUGCGUGACGCUCUCGUGAGAUUGAAAGCCGUCGAUGUGAACGCUGUCUCCGGGACCCUCAAACUGUACCUCCGGGAGCUGCCAGAGCCCCUGCUCCCCCCACAAUACUUCCAGGCCCUGGCAGCUGCCCUGGUCAUCGCCGAUCCCCUUGAGAAGGAGCACAGGCUGGUGUCUGUGCUGCAGAGCCUCCCCGGUGUGAACAGGAACACCUUCCUCUUCCUCCUGGAGCACCUCCGGAGAGUCUCACAAAACCAAGAGGUCAACAAGAUGACCGCCCAGAACCUGGCCACAGUGUUUGGACCCAGCCUCUUGCGCCCCCCUGAGGAACCCUUGGGUGACAGCGGGCUGUGUGUGGACAUCUCACAGGAGAUUGUCGUACAGGUGCAGGUCGUGCUUUGCUACCUGCAGUGCAUCAACCUCCCGGCUCCACAGAUAAAGCUGCAAAUACACUCUGCUGAGUUGGAGGAAAUGACCCAACAAGAGCCAUAAAAAUAUCUGUUUCUCUGCCCUGAAAGCAGCUCACAGAAUGCUGGCAGAAAAAUAAAUCUGGAAGAGCAACUCAGUACGACUGAAAUAUCCGAAGGCUGUAAAGAAUUAAACACGUAAACAUUCAAAACAAGAAUCGUUUUAUUAAACGAACGAGGUUGACAACUCCCUAAUGCUGUAAGUGCAGCAUUGAAACCAGGAUCAGAGGACUGCAGCUGGGAAGUGGAGACUCAGAACAGAGGGAAGGAGACACUUCUUCACACAGAGAGCGGUGAGGGGAUGCAAUGGGCUACCGUGUCAUGCUAUUGAUGCUGAAUCAUUGGGAUCCUUUAAAACCUGCUUAAUGAGCUACUAGGAACCAGAUGAGCUUAGACUGCCCCCUAGUGGAUGUAAGAAAUACAUUAGUAACAAAUACCACCACCAACAGUGGUAUCUCUAACAUCCACUAGGGGGCAGUGUGUUGCAGGGGGGCAAGUUAAUAUUUGAGAGCUCAUCGAGGCCACAGGGGUAAUUUUUCAAUUCAUCACCAGAAUGACAGAAACUGAUAUACCAAGUGAAUCUAAACAAGAGGAAUCCAUGCGUUGAAGAGAAAGUAGAUGAUAUAAAAAGCAAACACUUUUACUGGAGUCAUUUUAAUAAGAACCACUCAGAAUUUCUUAUAUUGCUAGAGCGCUCUGCAGUGUGGAGAGUGGGGUUCUCUUUCCUAUACUGCUAGAGCGCUCUGCAGUGUGGAGAGUGGAGUUCUCUUUCCUAUACUGCUAGAGCGCUCUGCAGUGUGGAGAGUGGAGUUCUCUUUCCUAUACUGCUAGAGCGCUCUGCAGUGUGGAGAGUGGAGUUCUCUUACCUGUACUGCUAGAGUGCUCUGCAGUGUGGAGAGUGGAGUUCUCUUUCCUAUACUGCUAGAGCGCUCUGCAGUGUGGCGAGUGGAGUUCUCUUUCCUAUACUGCUAGAGCGCUCUGCAGUGUGGAGAGUGGAGUUCUCUUUCCUAUACUGCUAGAGCGCUCUGCAGUAUGGAGAGUGGGGUUCUCUUUCCUAUACUGCUAGAGCGCUCUGCAGCGUGGAGAGUGGAGUUCUCUUUCCUAUACUGCUAGAGCGCUCUGCAGUGUGGAGAGUGGAGUUCUCUUUCCUAUACUGCUAGAGCGCUCUGUAGUGUGGAGAGUGGAGUUCUCUCUCCUGUACUGCUAGAGCGCUCUGUAGUGUGGAGAGUGGAGUUCUCUCUCCUGUACUGCUAGAGCGCUCUGUAGUGUGGAGAGUGGAGUUCUCUUUCCUAUACUGCUAGAGCGCUCUGCAGUGUGGAGAGUGGAGUUCUCUUUCCUAUACUGCUAGAGCGCUCUGCAGUGUGGAGAGUGGAGUUCUCUUUCCUGUACUGCUAGAGCGCUCUGCAGUGUGGAGAGUGGAGUUCUCUUUCCUAUACUGCUAGAGCGCUCUGCAGUGUGGAGAGUGGAGUUCUCUUUCCUAUACUGCUAGAGCGCUCUGCAGUGUGGAGAGUGGAGUUCUCUUUCCUAUACUGCUAGAGCGCUCUGCAGUGUGGAGAGUGGAGUUCUCUUUACUACACUGCUAGAGCGCUCUGCAGUGUGGAGAGCGGAGUUCUCUUUCCUAUACUGCUAGAGCGCUCUGCAGUGUGGAGAGUGGAGUUCUCUUUCCUAUACUGCUAGAGCGCUCUGCAGUGUGGAGAGUGGAGUUCUCUUUCCUAUACUACUAGAGCGCUCUGCAGUGUUGAGUGGAGUGCGCUCAAAAUAGGGCCCCAUGGUAUAUCUAUUGUAAACUGCACUGGGAUCGAAUUGCUGUCAUGGAAGAAUUGCCCUGUGUACAGGACAGCGCAGCGAGGCUCUGCCCAGCACACAGCGUGCAAUGCCAGUGUAAGAAACUGCAGUAUUGUAUGCACACUGUGCUGAAAACUAUCAAUGUCCUUUGAUCGAAAAAAUGUAUAUUGCACUAAUAUACAUACUGUAUGUUAACAAAUUUGUAUUAAAUAUGUUUUUUUUCUUUUUUUCAAAUAUUCUUGUAUCUGUCAAAUAAAUGAUAAAAUUAUACUU